CGACGACGUCGACGACGAGAGCGAGAGUAAAAGCUGGAAAAAAUGGAAUCCAUCACCUUUGUUUUGUAGUCCAUUUUUCAGUGCAAAUAUGUGACAUUCAAUUGCAGGAGGUGCAGGUGUGUGAUCUUGGAAAAUGGGCCUAAAGGCAGCUGUGCAAGCCCUUAAAAAGGCUGAGCCUUUAAAAGACAAGGUUCAACGUUGUAAAGAUCUCUUGAAUGAUAAUGAUGCCUGGAUGUAUCAAAGGCAACUCAGAAAUAUCUAUCAACAAGUGCUCAUUCUUGAUUUGGAGUACGCUUUGGAUCGUAAGGUUGAACAGGAAUUAUGGAACCUUGGCUUCAAGAAUUACAUAGCCAUGCUACAGUCACAGGCCCAAGAUCGCAGAAAUCCUAAGCGUAAAGAGUCACAGGCUAUGCUCACAUGGUGCUUAGAGGCUGCUAGUGGAUUUUAUCUGACUCUACUUCAAGAAAUUUGCGCUGCUUUUGAUUUGGAUUUACCAUUUAGAAGAAAAGGUUAUGUUUACGGUUGUAUCUCGCCAUGGAAGGCUGUGGAGAAACUUUCCACGCCUCAUAAAUCGUCUUGCUUCUAUAUUUGUCAGUACUGUCUCGUCCAUCUGGGAGACAUUGCACGCUAUCGAUACCAAAGCAAACAGGCUGAACUUUUCUACCGGCAUGCUGUAUCGGUUUCGCCGUCCAGUGGACAGCCCUAUAAUCAAUUAGCUCUGCUAGAAGCUUCACGAGGUGAUAAGCUUGGAACUGUUUUUCACUACGUGCGCUCGGUGGCUCUCAAGCAUCCAUUUCCCGUGGCCACUACCAACCUCGCGAAGACUCUUUCCACAGCCUUAAACGACAAUUCUUUCAACGUCGAGGGAAAGACUAAACUCUCUUCGCAAGAGUACAUCGCUGUAUUUUUAAAGUUUCAUGGGGUUAUUUAUAAUUUAGGAGAUCUAAGAGUUGCAACAACAUACGUCAAAUUAUUGAACGAUACUCUAACCGCGUUGGUAGCAACUGAAAGUUUCAGUGCUUGGCGAUUGGUGCAAAUGCUGGUCAUCAAUUUGUAUGCCUUACAACACGCGGCUGGCAUGACGAGUGAAAAUAUGGAAUUGAUGAAGACCGAUCAGUUGAGCAAUGAUGAGAAUAUUUCUAGAAACUGUAUUCUUGAUCUGAUAGCUGGUAGUUUAUCAGCCCUGUUGCUGCCUGUUUAUACUAUUAAAAAUUCAAUACUCACCUAUUUUGCUUUACCAACUAUAAAAUUGUGCCUUGACUGGAUUCAUCAGAGACCAACAGUUUUAGAAGAAGCUGCAUUCACAUCUAGACUUCAAAUAUGGCCAAGUUUUUGUGUUUUAUUGAAUGGUUUACAAAGUUGUGUUAUUGAUUUCGAUUACAGUCAGUAUGCCAAAGUACCACUGCCAGAAGACCGAGGUCUCCAAGGUUUUUUACCACUAGAGAAAUCUUUUGAGACACUGCAAUUUACAAACACAGACUUAGAGGACGAUGCAAUGGUAAACAAAGGGUGCAUAUUGCGUGCAAUUCGCAUUAUUCAUCUAGGCAAGCAAUUAGCGCAACACCAGGUAAACGGCGCGCACCUCAUCACUUUGGGCACUGGAGAUAAAAGCGACGAAACAAAAUUCAUAUCAGCUAACGAGGACGUAGGACUAAGCAGCGAACUUAUGAAAGAACUUGAAGAAUUAAGUUUAAAUAAGGAGAAGCAAUCGACUUUUGCCAAUAGUCCUGUGCCCUCGGAAACGGCCAGUAGUAAGGGUUCUUCCGAAAUAGAUAGUUUGAUAGCUGAAUUAGGCUUAGAAAAACGAGGUGGUAUAUUGAAACCUCAAGGCUCAUUAGAACGUAGUCGUGACAGCAAUGAUCCCAUGGCAAGUGUUGAGAUCAACUCUGUGCCGACCUCGGCGCGCAGACCGCGACAGAACGUAGCAAUGCAAGCAAUAAUGCGUCGCGCCGAGAACGAGCAAAAACAAGUGACCUUCAAAAACGUAUCCCCAGUAAUAGUUGAUGAAACGGACAAAACAAAAUCGGCAAGUGCCUCAUUGUCGUUGACUAGUGGAACUCCAACAACCGUCAGGAUUAAUAAUGCUAAGAACAUCGUCAUUUCCUCAUCGACAACGAACAUCAGUUGCAAUGCACCGCCAGUUCAAACCCGUCAACCACUCAUACCUACGACUCACCUCAAAUCUACUCAGCAACCAAAGCAAUCUCAAUUACAGCAGCUUGAACAGCAGCUAAAAGCCUCGGAUAAUCAUCUCAAUAAUAUCCUGCCAUAUCAACAACCUCGUGAUAAUCUCGUUCUUCCUACCUCGAUCGUCAAUCAGUACCCCAUCACGGAUAUGCAAAAUCCAGUUCUUCAAGGACCGGCGCAAACACCAGCACCUCCGGGGCUCACGCAGUUUUCUGUUUCCCAGCAACAGCAACAGCAACAGGGCCCGUUACCACCUAAUCCUGCUUGCUUUCCCAACCAGACAUUCAACGUGCAGACACCACAGUUUAAUAAGAACUUUAUGGCGAAUCCGUCGGCUUCAUUGCAACAGUAUGCAAUGGCUGGAUCAAUGCAAGCACAAUAUGCAGGUAGUCAGCCACCGGUUUCUCAGGGUAUGCCUUUCCCGAACAACCUUAGUCAAAAUAGAAUGAUCCAGUCACAACAACAGCAACAGCGUAAUUUUGGAGCUAUACCUCCACAAAAUAACACCAUGCUCGCUCAAGGCUUAAAUCUUAAUCCAGCAAACCAGCAGCAAACAUCUAUGGGAAUAACUAUGCAACCAAAUCCUUUAAGUAUGCUUCCACAAAAUAUGUUACCCCGACCACUCAACGGCUUGAACUUGCAAAACCCCAUGAACAUACCAACAUCAAGUUUGGCCAAUUAUCCAAGCAGCAUGUCAGAUGUUACAAUUUCCAGUACAGCUACCACUGGCAUGCAACAACAACAGCCACAACUGAACUUUGCUGGUGCAAAUUUCGGUCAAGCUACAUUCCCUCAGCAAGCGCAGUUGUCGACUUCGACUUUCGGCAGUGGUCAGCAACAACAGUUUAAUUUCCCCAAUCAAUCGGGAAUGAAUAAAAAUCAACAGUCAGUGAACAACUACCCGAUGUUUCAUGGUUAUGAUGGCAAAGAUUACAAUCCUUGGAAAGAUCCACAAGCGCCUCAACCACCUGUAAACUGGUGGGCUUCCAAUAAUAUGCCUGGUGGUCAACAGAUGAUACCUCAACAAGGUUUGGCCAAGGAUAUAUCAGGCAUGACUGGCAAGGAUAUUUUCCAAAAUUGGGCUGCAGCUGCCACGUCUAGUAUCACGAAUCAACGUAUGAAUAAUGUACCCCUCUCACCUGGCAAUAAUUACAACCAGAAUCCUAUGCAGCCACGUCUUUAUCCUGGCAGAAAUAAUUUUGAAGAUAUGAGAGCUUUUGAUAUGGACCAGAAACAACCGCAAUCGUCAGCUACAAGCAACACUUACUCUCUGUUUAGCGGCAACUCUUGGGGAAUGAAUGGUCAGUUAUCAACAUCGAGCAAUUUGUCAACACCUCAACAAGAUCAAAUAAAAGUUCGUCAGAAUCAGCAAUCUCUGUGGUCAGGCCCAGGACCAUCGCCGCUUGAGCGUCUCCUCGAGCAACAAAAAUCAUUGCGCGAUAAUGGCACUUGAGCGGCUCUUUACGAUUAUUGGAUUUAACGAAUAUAAAAUGCAAGAGUUCAUAAACUCCCACGCAAGUAAACAUGUCGCCAAACUAAUAGUCUCAAGAAAGAGAAUGGGAUGGGGGAAACGAAACGAAAAACGAGUCCGUUAUUUACUAUAUUUUUCAUGCCGUAGACUACUCCAGCAAGCAUGAUGAAUCAUAUUAUUUAAGAAAGAUGUAUGGAGGCUUAGACAAAUAGGUGACAAACAAAUAAGCUUUAACGAGUGUUUGACGAAGGAAUACGUAAAACACUCGGAUGAUGGCAGAUUAACGAGAAAAGCGGAAGCGUUGAGUCGCCAGCAAAUAAUAGAGUAUAUUUUAGCGAGGUUCGAUUGAGAGCUAAUUUUUUUUUUUGCCUGAUUGAUUACUUUUUUUUCUCUUUGAUUUUUAUUAUUAUUAUUUUUUUCUUUUUGAUCGUUUAAGCACUGUUCUAUUCUUAUUUCUUCCGCUCUUGUCUUUUAUUUACAUUCUGACAGCGAAUAACGUAGUUUGUAACCGUUGCAUUGCGCGUUGACCUACACUUGACGGCACACACGCGCGCGCGCGCGCACACACACACACGCACGCACGCGCGCGGGCGCACACACCCCACACAUACGCGCGCGCACAGAGUGAAAUGUUAGCAAGUUUUAACUGAAUGAUGAUUAUUCGAGUUUUAAUAUUUGAUUUUUUUUUAAGCACCAAUUACAUCGAGUGAAGAAUACUUCGUCUACACGAAUAUUCUACGUUUUAUUUUACUAAGUUUUGAAUAUUCAAAGUCCGAUAAAAAUUAAACAAAAAUGAACGCAAGUUAUCUCAAAUAGAUUUUGUAACGGUAAUGAUGCGUAAUAUACAUGCAGGUAUAGAGACUGACAUGUUAAUCCAAAUAAAAAAAUUAGUUCCAAGCUUAUUCAGUUUAUGUACAAUCGUUGUCUAAUUUCCCGAGAUAAGCAGCAACAAAUAAUAAACUAAUUAAUGAUAGCAAUGUAAUCGUUGCGUUUAAAGACCUAACUAAAUUGACUCUUAUAUUCAUUACGUUCGAAUAAAUUAU